AUGAGCCUGCAAACCAACCCCAACUUUCUCCUCCCACAAGCACCGUCGGGAGCCAAAUACCACAAAAUCGACUUCGCAACCUCCGACCCCCCACUGCCCGAAUACAAGAACCGCUUCGCAGCGAUAAUAGACCACAUACUCACCCAAGAAGAAUGCAACGAGUUGAUCCGUCUCGCGGAAGCAUCAACCCUAACUCCCCAAUCCGCCACACCCGUCUGGGAACGCGCCAUGGUCAACAUGGGUAACGGGCGACAAAAACUCGUAACAGACACCCGCAACUGCGGCCGUAUUAUCUGGGACACACCCGAACUCGCCGAGAAGCUAUUAAAUCGAUUAAUGCCCUUUCUGCGAGACCUCGACAUCGAUCGACUGGAGAACCAUCCCUUUGUCACCGGGCUCGCGGGCCGGAAUAAGACCUACAAAUUGACGAGACUGAAUGAACGACUCCGGUUCCUCAAGUAUGAAGGUGGUGAGUACUUCAAGCCGCACUGGGAUGCGUGCUACACCACCCCCGAUCGGAAGGAGAAGUCGUACUAUACCAUUCAGUUGUAUCUGAAUGGCGACGGGGAGCAGGAUCUCAAGGAACUGGUGCGCGAGCAGACGCGGGUGGAGAAAGGAGAGGGACAAGCGAACUUGGAUGUUGAGGGCAAGUUGCUCGGGGGCGCUACGUCUUUUCUUCCUCGGUAUGAGGAGAAGGAGAGGCAGUUGAGGGUUUUCCCCAAAAUGGGGUCGGUGCUUGUGUUUCAGCAGAAUGAUCUGCUUCACGGUGGGGAUUCGGUGUUUCGGGGGACGAAGUAUACCUUGCGGACAGAUGUUAUGUAUGAGCAGCUGUGA